GAUUAGCAUUUAGUUGGAUAAUACUUUCGAAGGAAAACACAUUUUUCUUUGACAUUCUAUUAAUUUCAGGAUCUCCGUUCCAAUUCAAUUUCAAACGUUCAACUUUAAUUACAAAUUUCUGAUCGGACUUAUCUUAUUUGUCUUCUCAGAUUUCCCAUCAACCCUCCUUGCAUCCUGGCGACAUUAAAUUUGAUUCCUCUAAUUAAAUAGGUUCACACAGCAACAAAUUAAUUUGCAUCUUCGUCUCUCCGUGAAUUAAAGUACUUUAUAAUUUCUCCUAAUAUUUCAUACCAUGUCAAGGCUACGUUUACCAGAAUAAUGCAAGUUGUUGUAGAUAUUAGAUAACAUAGCCGACGCCUUCUGAAUACUAAAGGGGAAGAUCCCAUCUAUAUUUAGUAACCGCGUCUUUUGACCGUUGAAAUGAACCAAAUGCUAUGGAAAAUGGAGGCGCAUGCUUCGUUACCACGACAACCAAUUCGCUUAAUCGUACACAAAGCUCCGAUCAGCACAAAUAAGCCUACCAUUAGUCAUGUUUCGUUCAUAGAACCUUCCUCGCUAAAAUAAUUGAACUCUGAUUAUAAAAAGCAUUUCUGUGAAUAUUACGUGCUUCGUACAAAAGAUUUGGAAAUUUCAUCAGCAUCCUAACGAAGUUAUAUUGAUCAGAGAUCGAAAUAAACAUUUUCUCUGAUAAGUGUUCGAGUACCUUUUAAUGAUUGUACUGCGUCGAUGUAUUUUAACGAUACUAGGAAUAAACAAAUAUCGUGAAUCUAAGUUAGUUUUCCUUUCUGUGAGUUUGUAAAUCUAAUUCGAUUAGAUUCCUACGUAAGUUGGUCAUGUCAGUCGAAGGUGAAUUCUUCCUCUCGAUCACAGGAUCCAUCGAACACGCGGAGUUUUACGAUGUUGACAACGCCUACUGCAAAUACGGAUUUCACUUUGGUCCCGAAUGGAGCGUAGUUGCCGGUAUCGAGGAAGGUUUGACGCAGAUGUGCAAAUGCAGCAGCGAUCCACGAAAUCUGGCAGUCUGGAAUUUUCCGCUAGAAGUCACGUUCAAGAGUACUAACCCGCAUGGAUGGCCACAGUUAAUAAUGUCUGUUUAUGGCUUGGAUAUCUUCGGCCACGACGUCAUCAGAGGAUAUGGAGUGUGUCAUUUACCGCUGAAAACAGGUCAACACGAGAAAAGAAUAUCCGUGUACGUGCCGGAGUCCUCCUCGACGUUGCAACGAUUUGCGGCCUGGUUAACCGGAAGAAGGCCAGAACUAAUUGAUCCGGCGAUAUUGGCUUCUGGUGACGGAAGGGAACUCACGCGCAUGAGAGUGGAGGGUAUUGUUACCGUAACAUUCAACGUGGUGCUGAAAGAUUUCUUCAAGUUGGGCUACAACAAUGGCGAGCAACGUAACAAGUAAUGAGAUUUGUUGGCCGACGUAAAACGCCCUCGAUUACGACAUUAAUAUUUCCUUCUUGCUUCCCGCGUCUGCGGCUUCAUAUCUCGUGUCAUCUUUCUUCGAAUUAUAUUUCUUUGACCGUGACGCGAAUUUACAAGUAAAUAUUCGUGGAUGUAUCUUAUUUACCAGACCUGAAAACGAACGACUAGAUUUGUGAAAAAUGAAAAGGCAAUGUUUAAUUAAAAUUAGAAAUCGAACAUGUACUUGUGAGUGUGAGUAAUAUUUUGUCGAGGAGCGAGUCUUUGUGUAACAUAAAAGUGUCGUAUAUACUGACCGAUGAAUUAACUUUUUCAUCGAUCCGUAACACCAAAUGUGGUUAAAAGAAUGUUUAACGUUUUAUAAUUUAAAUUGUAACUUGUAAAUAAUAUUGGAAUAUAUUUGGUAUUUUUUCCAUA